AUGGCUCCGGGAGCUCUAGUCGAAUCUGAAAGCCCUCUGUUGGCCCCCGUGUCGGGAAAGCUCGACGUUGCCCCUACACUCUACGCCGGAAUCGACGAGAAACAGCUCCGUGAAAAGUCCAAGGCACACUUGAUCAACUACGGCACCAAGUUUCACGAUGAUGUGAUCACCGGGGCUCGUGGAAUGUACAUUUACACAGCCUCUGGCCACAGAAUCCUUGACUGGACUUCGGGCCAGAUGUCUUGUCUUCUUGGCCAUGGACACCCCGAGAUUGUUAAGACCAUUUACGACCACGCCAUGUACCUCGACCAUCUCUUCUCGGGCAUGGUUUCUCCUCCUGUUAUCAGCCUCGGGGAGCGUCUUUGCAAGGCUCUUCCGGAGGGCCUGGACAAGGCCUUCUUCCUUUCCACCGGUGGUGAGAGUAACGAGGCCGCUAUUAAGAUGGCAAAGGUGUACACUGGCAAAUGGGAAAUCGUUGGCCUUGGUGCUUCUUGGCACGGCAUGACUGCCCAGGCUCUGGGAGCUCAAUACCACUUCGGUCGUAAGGGCCAAGGCCCAACUAUCCCCGGCCAGUUCAUGCUUCCCUCGCCCAACGCAUACCGCUCUCAGUUCCGCAAUCCCGAUGGAUCUUAUGACUGGGAGGCCGAGCUUGAUUACGGCUGGAAAAUGAUUGACUUGCAGUCCACUGGCAACCUUGCCGCCUGCAUUGUGGAAUGCAUUCAAAGCUCAGGGGGCAUGCUUGUUCUCCCCCCCGGAUACCUCAAGGCCAUGAAGAAGCACUGCGAGGCAAGAGGCAUGCUCCUCAUCGUCGACGAGGCACAAACCGGAGUCGGACGAUGCGGCGACUUCAUGGCCAUCAACCACGAGGACGUCGUGCCGGAUAUCCUCACCCUGUCCAAGACUCUCGGCAACGGCCUUCCCCUCAGCGCCGUCAUCACCAGCGACGAAAUCGACCGCGUCUGCGCCGAAAAGGGCUUCAUGUUCUACACCACCCACGUCAACGACCCCCUCCCCGCCGCCGUCGGCGACAAAGUGCUCGAAAUCGUCUUCCGCGACAACCUCGUCCAGCACGCGCGCGAGGCAGGCAAAGUCCUCCACGACGGCCUCCAGAAGCUAAAGUCCCGCUACGCCUGCAUCGGCGACGUGCGCGGCCGCGGCCUCAUGGCCGGCAUCGAGAUCGUCGCCAGCCGGGAAACCAAGGAGCCCGCCCUGGAGCUGGCCAAGAGCAUCGGCGACACGGCGUACAACCUGGGCGUGUGGGCCAACUUGAGCAGCCAUCCGAGCUUUGGGGGCACGUUCCGGAUUGCGCCGCCGAUUACGGUGACGGCGGAGCAGAUUCAGGAGGGACUUGAUAUGUUGGAGAGGGCUUUUGCGGAGACGGAGGGGACGAUGCCUCUUUAUUGA